CAUUUUGGGGCAUGUAUUCUGUAAUCUGUAGUGGAAUAAACAGUAUCUGAAAGUCAUGUCUGCAAGAAAGGAAAAAAAAUCCAGCAAAGCCCUGACACAGGGACUAAGAGAUACACUUGGCCAUGCAGUUGAUCCACCUAUUGUUCACUGAAGCCUCAUCAGAAAUGGUCUCAGUGGAAGGGUGGCUGCCUAGAAACCAUUAAGUAAGAGAAUCAUGGAGAAAAUGGUGAGGUGUGGCAAAUUACACAAGAAGCAGAAUGAAAACGUGUGAGAACAGGUCUUAUGGAGCGAUGAAUCCAAAUGAGAAAUUUCUGGUUCCCUUAUCGUCUGUAGAUAGGAGGUACAACUGUGAGUAUCUACAGACAUCUGUAAAACAGUGGUGUUGGGAAUCUUGUCAAAAUUGAUGGGAUGAUGAACGCAGAAAAGUACCAUCAGAUUUUGAUCCACCGUGCAAUACCAUUUAUAAAGCUUCUGAUUGGCAGCGUCUUUAUUUUUCAGUAGGACAGUGAUCCUAAAGACACGGCCAAUGCUUUACGAGCAUAGCUGGAUAGAAAAACACACAGUGGAACUAUCAGUCAUGGAUUGGUCUCCCUAGAGCCCCGCCCUUAAAAUUAUUGAAGCAGUGCGAGAUCAACUUGACGGAGAACCAAACAAAAGGCAGCCAAGUUUCGAAGAAGGGUUUUGAAUUUUGUUUAAGAAUCCCGGAGAACUAUUCCUGAAGACUGCUUACAGAAAUUACAAGAAAGAUGCCAAAGAGAGUUCAGGCUGUGAUGAAGAGUAAAGGUAGUCAUUUGAAGUAUUUAGUUUCAAGCUUGUUGGGGUCCAUUUUUAAAAAGCACAAUGUCUCCUUUCAUUGCUUUGCAGAUGACCUAAAGAUAUAUUUGCCUAGCCAUGUUUCUAGUAAACAGUCGCAGAGAUGUACAAUCCUGGUUGGAGAUAAACUUCUUUAAUCUGAACAAAAGAAAAACAGAAAUUUUAUUUGGGUGACCCGACCUCUCAGAUGGAUAUGACAGCGCCAUCAGUCUUUUAGCUUUUUUGCAAGGAACCUUGAUGUGACUUGACAGUGCUUUAAAAUUUGAUGUUAAGACAAGUUUCUUUCAACUAAGACUUCUCAGUAAGGUGAAGGUCUACCUCCUGCCACAGGACUUUGAGAGAUCACACUAUAAUUUACUUUUUGUCUAAACCAUUGUGACACUUUAUAUGUUGGCUCUGAUAAGUCCUUAGUUUGUCACCUGCAAGCUGUUCAAAAUACAACAGCUGGCCUUUUGACUGGAAAGAAAUGGUGUGAUUACAUUACACGUAUACUGGGCUCCUUGCACUGGCUUCCAGUCCAUUCCAGUUUUAUUACUUGUUUCUAAGAGUCUUAAUGGUUUGGCGCCACCUUACUUAACACAACCUUUGAAAUCCUACCAAGGUUAAACCAGCUGCUCCCAGUCUCUCAGUCAUAUUAAAACUAUUUUAAAACGUAUUUGUUGCUUUCAGGUCUAGUUGAGCAUAAUACCCUGGCUUUUAUUAUCCAAUCACAGUCUUAUUUACUUGUUUUAUUUAAUUUUUUAGUUUAUUUUUAUUGUUAAUUUAGUAACUGUUUUCUAUGGUGUACAUUUUGUAUAUUUUGCACUUUGGUCAACGAAGGUUGUUUAAAACAUGCUAUAUAAAUAGAUAAAUAAAAGUUUCUUUGACUUGACUUAUAAACUCUGUUUUUGCCUUAUAUACUGCUUAUGUUUCAAUAGAUAAUCGGACCUAUUUCACGCUUUCCUGGCAAAAUACAAAGAAAUGAGAAGUGGCUCAAGAAUUUUGCGCAGUACUGUAGUUUGGGUUAAUCUGCUGAUGAAUAACUAAACCCAACCCAACCCCCUAUUUUCCCAUCUUCUCCUCCACACACCCCCACCCUAGCCCACCCCACCUCAGGUAUUCACACACAUACAGUAUGAUGACACACACAUUGAUGAAGGGUGUGUGGGAAUUGAAGGAGUGCUCUGCGUCCCUGCUGAGGUGCAGCAGAUUGAUCCUGUACUGAUCUGCCACCGGCUCCCUGGGGAUUUGUAACGCAUGUCUGCAGCGCAGGGCUUAACACUCGCUCGCUCUCUUUCUGUCUUUGCCGCUAUCAUUCUGCCUCUGUCUAGCGUUGUGUCUUGCUAAGCAGUGCAGUGGCUCCAUGCUCCUACACCUCUCCAAUCUCCAUCUUUCUCACUAUUCUGCCAGUAACAGGUUUCCUUCAUCUUGUGUUUUGAUCUUCUUUUGAUUCUGUUUCCUCUGACUGACUCCGUCAUUUCAUUUAUAUUCUCCUUUCUCUAGUUUAUCCCUUCCUUAAAACAUUUCUAGCCUAACCAGUGUGUUCCUGCAGUAUUUGAUUGAUAAUUCCUACGUUGUUUCUUCUUCUAAUCUUUUAUUAUCUGUUGCACAUGCCAUAUGCAUUAUUGUAUAAUUAUACAUAUUGAUAUGUAUACAUUAUUAUAUAAUUUCUUAUCUUCUUUCUGUCUUUAUAUCCAUAUCCACGCGUAUCUACACACACUUCACUCAGACACGCAGUACAGCACAUGUGGAAAGAGUGCUCUGUUUCUUUUUUAUCAUGUAUGCUCCGCCACAGGGUUCUACAACUCAUCAGCUUGAUCUCUGAAGUUGAAAAAACAUCCAAGCAUCCUUUCAUCUUGCUCUUUUUUUCCCCAGCUACACAGCCAAUUUCUCGCUUCUUCCACACGAGCCACACCGAGCUACAUCCGGGGACAAAUGGGCUAACUGACCCACAGCUAAAACCAAUGUUUGUUUAUGUGUGUGACAGAGAGUAAGAGAGAGACAACAUGUGCACAAAUGUGUGUCUGUGUGUUUGUAUGUUUGCACUUCCUUUUUUUUGCCAUCCCAAGCAGUGUUUGUUGCAAUCUGUGGCUAUUUGAUUAGUUUUAAUGGUAAUGGGCGCAGAGGGUGUUUACACAAUAAUGCACAUGCAAUUUUUUAUGCAAAUUUUGUCUCAUUUAUUCGCAUCUCUGCGGAUAUUCUGUCUCACACCAUUAGAGUAAACCACAACAACGUGUAUUUUCUGUUGUUCUUCAUUGUGCUCAUGCUGACACAGAUUACCCAAGAUGAUGUUUUUUGUUUGUUUUUUUUCUCAAUGAAGUGCUUGUUCUAAGAAUAGUCCAAAAAACGGCCAUCACAAUCGCAGAUUGCUGCAGGUGAUGUCUUAAAAGCCUCUUUUUAGUUCAGCCUACUAUCCCGAAGUUAUAGAUAUUAUAUUUACAUAAAGAUAAAACAGAGGAGAGCAGGGUAGUACAUUUGAGUAGCCUUAAGAGAAUAUGAGGCUUUAAAAAAAACACUGAAUGAAUCUUGUUUAAAAAAAGAAAAAGAAAAGAAAAUCCUGAGUAAUUUUCUAUGAAUGAACUGAGCAAUUAAUAGAAUAAUCAUUUCAGCUCUAAUCUAAGCGCCGGUGCUGUUCACCCUAUUUAAAUUGUAUUUUCUUGAUUUGUCUCUAAAGUCAAUGUUUCAGUGCUGACAGUCCUUAAGAGAGAGCGUUCACAUCAACAGCAAUGCAAGUUUGCUGUCUUGUGCAGCUAGUAUGUGUGAAACAACAUUAACACCGCAUCUAGGACACAAUAAUUAUUCGUAUUACAUCCUUAUUUGCCACUGCUUGUGUGUGUGUGUGUGUGUGUGUGUGUGUGUGUAGUGCCACCUGCCCAAAGGGAAUUCAUCCUAGAAAACUGGGAUGAAGAUUAAGAUAUCCUCAGACUUUACCUUGUUCUCCACAUGCCUCAUUAUCCAAUCGCCCCUCUUACCCUGAAACCCCUGCCCUCCUGCUUUCAUCCUUCCCCUUGAGCGCAUUUUGUUCACAACCUUCUUUUCCUCCUUGUAGCAGUAAGGAAGAUUUUGCAGCCCAAAAGCUGAGGCUUUGAGUUCUUGUUAGUUUUUUUUUUUUCUUUUGCACAUACCCAGUGGAGACGAAGUCUGCCAACGGUGAAUGUUUUAUAUAUCAAAAUUAAAAAAUGGUCAAGGUAGAAAGAAGUUUAAAGUUCACAAAGUCCUUAUUUUAUAGUAAUGGUAUAAUACAUAACUACAGGUAUAUGAAAGAAGUUCAUCAUGCAGAUGUCUGUAACUCAGUAUUCCCAACAAAACAGCUACAAGAAAAGUGAACUUACAUUUACGCGAAUGCUUAUGUUCCUCUGUUGCUGUUGGAUGAGUAAAUAAAAAACUAUUAGCUAACACAAUCAGACAUCAGGGUCAGGCUCACUGCCUGAGUGUUUCUAAAAGUUUCUAAAACAUUUGUAAAUCAUAUGCAUUUAUACAAUCAGUCAAGUUAAGCAAGAGCCAUUACAUAUGGUUUCCCUCUACAUAUGGUAAUGCACAGUUACACAUCAGUGGAAAGCAUUAUACUGAAGCAGCAUGCUAGAAUGUGCUAAACCAAAAUAGGAAAGCACUACAGGCAUACCAAGGAAAAACAGUGGUUGGUUGGAGAUUUUAAAAAAUCCAGAGAAAUCCAGAGAAAUCUAGUUACCUUUUAUGAUGGCGCUCUGCAAAGACAAGGACCAGGUCAGCCACCACUCACGUCUUCAGAGUGAUUUUAGUGCAUCAAGACAGAUUAAAUGGCAAUGAGAUUAUUAACUAUUUUAUAAACUAUGAUUAUAAGAUGGCAAUUUUUUGCAAACCAGCGGUUGCAGUCAGUUUUGUAAACGUUUAGAGACAGGUUGGAUCCCAUCAGGCAGCCUCUGCACACCUUGCAAUUGAAAAUAAUCACAAAGAAGUUAAGGGUCUUGCACGUUCAGUCUCUGGGCAACUGCUGCAAAUAUUUGCAAACAGUCACUGAAUGUCAAAAAAAUUCUGUGCAAUCAUCAGACAACCACCAAUUUUUCUCAGUCAUAAGGAGGUCCUGUCCCAUUUUUACUCUAGUGCGCCCGAGACAUUAGUGUUGUAUUUAAAAGAUGGAUGCAAUCUCUGUAUCUGAGAAAUGAAGCCAGUGUGGAAAAGCCAACCUUUCUUUUUAGUUUCCUAGCUGAGAACUUGUAGGUGGUCUGGAUACUCAUUUGAGCAUCAGUUUUUGUAUAUGCAGUUGUAGCAGUCUGAGAGUCAGUAGGACUUACUCAGCAUUUGAAAUUGGUCCAUUGAAAUUGGUGUCGCAGGUUGUGCAGUUGUGCCAUCCACCACCCCCACGGCCUUCUAACGUGGGCAUAGACUGUAGGUUUUCUUUCUUCCUCACACGUAAAAAGGAAACUACAGGUAAAUUGUCACUAAGUGCAAAUAUGACUAGAAGCAUUCCCUGACCACACAUCAGCUUGUGAUAAGAUGGAAGAGAGCAUGUGUUAGCAGAUGGCAACUCCUGUGAUUUCUAAAAAGUCUAAUUGUAUAGAAGUCUACGGCUCACUUGAUUUAAUAGGUCAGUAAACAUUUUCCUAUUACAGUUAUGGUCUCAGAUGCUAGUUUAAACUCUUUUUUAAUACACCAUGAGGUUCAUUUUCUAAGUUAUGGCUGUAUUUAGAGGAAAAUAAAAAAGAAGGGCUUGCUUUAGGGUAAGGCAUGCUUUAUGAGUGUGCAGUCUUCUCAGCUCCUUGGUCAUAUCCACCCCACAUUUGCUCAUUUGGUUUCAAAACACCAAGAUGGCGAAUGCCUGAAAUUCAAUAUUUCAAAAUGGGAUCCCACAGCUUGAGUCCAUCUUUAAUCAAGCUAUGACAGAGACAGACUUCCUGGAACUACACCGGUUCAGCAGAGUUGUAAUGAAAAUCAUAACUUGUAAACGACUGCACAAAGUGAUGUAAUAUUAAAGACAUUAAUACCUGACACCUCUUACAUGCUUAGAUGUUUGAUUUGCUCAAAUGCCUCUGUUUAGGCGUGCGGUUUUCCACUUUGCAGCAUUUCACAUUGCACUGAGAGGCAGGUCAGGAGUAAAACAAAUAUGGAGAGCAGGCUUAUUUGUUUCAGGACUGAGAGUUUUGUAGGCCAUGUUGACAGACCCUAAUCGCCUGCCAAAUGUCUCAUCUGACUGGCGUGGAGGUUUGUUGCUCUCUUUGAAAAACACAGCGGACCACACUUCAUUAAAAAAGCAAAUAGAAGCCAAUACUGGCAAACAGAGCCAAUUUGAUUCUGAAGAGACAAAUUUAACAGGCAGAUAUGAUUACCUCAGACACCACUUCUCCCCUGAUUCCACAAACAACAGUUAGGCAAGUCAAUUUACCUUAAUUUCAUUGGAGAAAGCCAGCCAGGUUGAAGUCGGUGCUUGAUACGACUGAGCACUCGUUAGAUGAUAAUGGAUGCAUGUAAUUGGUAAAGUGCUGAUUGCUCCCCCCCUCAAAAAGAUUCUAUCGGAGUAGAAUUUUCUGUUUCAUUAAGCCAUGGUCAGAAAUAAUGAGAUGGCCAUCUGUAGACCGUGAGAGAAAAAGAGUGAGUAGGGACUAGUGGUUGGUCAUAACUGAGACAGGUUUUUUGUGGUGUCUUCAGUCUUCUGUUUUUUUCCAUUGUCAGAUGUAUAUUUCCUUUUGGCUUCAGUUCUUUCUGUGUUUUAUACCAUUUCCCUUUGCUGUUAAUCAUGUAGCCCGAAUCAGUGUGUUUCUCACACUUCCACGUGUAUACAUACGUCUUUUUGGUUUACAGCCUUAAUGCAUCAUUGGCUGGCUGCACACCAGCUCACUUUUAUGGCCCGGGAUCAAACACGCACACAUGCUUCAAUGGGCAUGCAAAAGCACACUGAUACAGACACUUUUAGAGCCAUAAGUGCUUACUCAUCAUGCUGCAUGGAGAGCACGCAUUGGGAGCCAUUUAUGUUUUGUUUUCCAAUGCAUUUAUUACUGAAGAGUGCAUGGUCUGCUGCUUAUAUUUUUGUGCCCCUGUGUCUUUCUCUCACUGCGCAAGGACAUCUUUCUCAUUUAGUUGUGACAACAGAACAAGAACAUGACUCAUCCAAGAUAAGACCAAUGAAGACUGGGAGUCUUAUGGGCCAGAAAAUGAAGACAGCAAAGGCAGUUCUAUAGAGAAAAAGCAAAGGAAAGCCCCCUCCCUAUCAUUUCCAAUCAGCUGCUGGUUCUGCAUGACUAAUGCUGAAAUGACAUAUAUCAUUGUCAGAUAGGGCAUGUUCACACAGCUGUUAUUUUUUUUCACCAAAGAUGACUAACUCUAACACACACACGCACCUUAUGCACGCUAGCUCACUAUUAUCUUGCUGGCUGACACCAUUUUGCUCUCUAACAAUCUUGCUAAUUAUAAUUGUUAAUUAAUUCUCUGCCAGUGUCCUCAUCAGGAGACUAAUAACCUACAUUUCCAUUAAUUAGACCUUCAACCCUUUGCUCCCUCUCUCAGUCUCUCUGUCCCACUCCAAUCCACCCCUCCAUCCUCUGCCUCUGAUCCUGCCUGCUGCUCUCUUCUCCCAGGAUCAUCCGUGGACCACACAUGGCCUGCACACAUACAUGCACACAUAGACUGUGAUUAAUUGUGUCUGUGUGCGCUUGCAUUAGUAGCAUUGCGAUGACAAACGUUUGUUCUUGCUGUCACUUUAUGAGCUUUCAACCUGUGACUGAGGGUGAAAAGGGAUUGUGUUUUUAAAGUUAAACUAAUGAAUUGUGAAAAUGUGUUUAUUUACUUUUGAGUGACAGUAAGGUGUAAAGAUCAUUGCAAUCUCCCAUGAAUGACUUCUAAAUAUAGCCUGGCUCUUGCUGACAUCUCAGCGCGUCCAAAGCUCAUAAUGAGCAUUGCACUCCUAGCCAUGGCACGUAGUCUCCAAAAACAGCAGCAUCAUUCUUACACUAUGAUUGCUGCAUGAAUGCUAUUUACAAAGACUUGCUGAGAGCUCAGUAGUGCAGAUUGGUAGCUUUUGUUACUGUCUAAGCACAGUAAGAAGGUCCUGGGUUUAAAUCCAGUCUGGGUCUUAGUCUUGGUCCCUGACUUUGUGUGGGUUCUCUCUGGGAGGAGGGCAGAGUAACCACUGUCUGAGCGUGGCUGGUGGUUACCCACUGUUUUAUGUCUUUUUGGAAAGCUAACCAAGUGUUUGUUCCAGCUCCAUAUUUACUAAAUGGACAUGAGAUGUCAUUGUUCUCAUCUGGCAAGAAAGUGAAAAGGCACAUUUGCAAAUAUCUUAUAUUCUAGUCUUACUUUUAUAAGUAGAGACCAUUUAUCUGAAUUUGAUGCGCUGGAGCACACCCUGGCCCUUCUGGGCUGUGGUAUAGACAAAUCACUCCUUCUGGUCAUUUGUCUAUAAAUUUGUUCCCCUUCUUUUUGAGGUUGUAAAGCUCUCUCAAAGGUAUCAGGGGAUCUACCAGGCCCAUAGCAGCCACCGCCAAUCCAUAAUGAUCGCUGGCCUAGGUUAUUUAUUCAUUAUCAAGAAACAUUUAUCAUUUGUAUAUGAAGCUCUUGGAGGGGUGGGAGCGUGUGUGGUGCAGUGAUCAGCCUAGCAAGAAGGUCCUGGGUUCAAAUCUUGAUUGAAUGUGAGUGUGAAAGGUUGUCUGUCUCUAUGUGUUAGCCCGUCUACAGUUUGGCACAGGGCAAACACUCCUUUUUCCUUAUGACAUCUGGGAUAGGUUCCAGCCCAACUGCAACCCUAAAUUGGAUAAGCGGAAGAAAAUGGAUGGAUGCUUCUACUACAAAUCUGGAAGCGUUUAGUUCUUUGGACUCUUACCGGGUCUCAAUAAAUAUGUGUCCCUAUAGAAAAGGUAAGAAGCUACUGUUCGGCUGUGUAUGCAGCAAUAGGUUGCAUCUGCUGUUGUAGUUUGGACUGUAAGGCUUUGUGUUUUUAUGGGCCAUCUGUGUCUCACUAUCUGCCUGUCCUUUGAUUGCCCACAAACUGUAGAGGCGAUAGACAAAAAGUCCCACUCUCAUGGAGACUACUCUUCCCAUCAGGCUUAGCUGACCUGGUUUCAGUGCAGAGCGGAGCAGUGUUACUAUAUCACCACUCUACUCCUGAUCUCAGAACGCUGAAAUGCUGUGAAAAGCCCGAAACUGAGCCGUAGCAGCAUGGACUAACAGGGUUGUUUGUUUUGCAGGCCUGUUGAUCCUUCAGUCAGCUGGAUCGGCAGCAAACUUGAGUUUGUUUCCACUUUUAGCUACGCUCAGCCAUUUCUCAGACUCCCUGUCUCCGAAGCUCUGCGUUUUUCUUCCAGACUGAAUCCUCUCUCUCCAUCUGGCACAAGAGGAAGUGAGAGACAGUUGGCACUUGCUUGUCCAUACUGUAUUUGUGGUGCUAAAAUGGCAUGUUCUGUCUCAUCCGUCCUCCUUCCUCUACCUCCCUCACCCUCUCCUGAGAGAAGUAACCCAGAUUUCAAAAUGAAUCGCCGCCUAUUCCCCUCAAUCUUUCUCCUCUCUCUCUCUCUCUCUCUCUCUCUCUCCCUCCAUAUUUCUGUUUUUUCUUCCUCUCUCACUCUCUCUCUCUUUCUCUCUCCUUUUCUCUUUCUCUCGUCCUCCUCCUAGUAAAAACAGAAUCAAUCUUGGAAAGAGAAUACCACCUCUCUAUCUCGUCCUCCUCCUCACCCUGCCUCUGGGUUAACGGAUAUAUAUCACUUCACUUCUCUAUAUUUGGUUCCUAGAAAGCUUGAGUCUCUCAAAACGCUUGUUGCUUACCCAUUUUUCAUUUUUACGUUUUUCUUUUCAUUUUUUUUUCUUUUUUUUGGGCUGUUUUUCCUCUGCUAGCCACUGCUUUUUCUUCCCCCUGUUCUCUUUUUCCUGAGGUGACCAGCUACAGGUGUGACACCUUAGCCUUUCAUUUGAAGUGAGCCAGACAGAGAGGAGGAGGAGAACACGAGGAGAAAGACAUCUUCAGCUCAAAACUUUCCUCCAAAAUUGUCCCAAAUUCAGGUCUUCUGCUCAAAGCAAAGCCUUCGUUACUGACACUCAUCAUCCAAUCCCCCUUACCUUUUCAUCUUUUUACCGCAUCCUCCAGGCAUCAUGUCUACUCCAGUCUCCCCGUCCCCCUCGCUCUCCCCACUGACACUGGCCUCCCCUACAUCUGCAACCUCCCCCGGUGCCUCCCCUCUGCCCUCGCCUCUCUCCCCUCCACCCAGGGUGCCCGUGUUUCAGAGGAAGGGAGCGCUCAAACACAAAAGGAUUGUCGAGGUGAAAGACCACCAGUUUACAGCACGCUUCUUCAAACAGCCCACCUUCUGCAGUCACUGCACCGACUUCAUAUGGGGCAUUGGGAAACAGGGAUUCCAAUGUCAAGUUUGCAGUUUCGUGGUCCACAAAAGAUGUCACGAGUUUGUGACCUUCACGUGUCCCGGCUCUGUGACCGCCCCCAGACCAGAUGACCUGAAGAGUCGACACACAUUUAAGGUCCACACGUACUCCAGCCCUACAUUUUGUGACCACUGUGGCUCGUUGCUGUAUGGCCUCAUACACCAGGGCAUGAAAUGUACCAGUUGUGACAUGAACGUCCAUCGGCGAUGCGAAACCAGCGUCCCCAGUUUGUGUGGCCAGGAUCACACAGAGAAGAGAGGGAGAAUCCAUCUGACCAUCAGAGGAGAAAAGGAGGACGUCUAUGUCACAGUGCGGGAGGCUCGUAACUUGAUGCCCAUGGACCCAAAUGGCUUGUCAGACCCGUAUGUUAAACUGAAAUUGAUUCCAGACCCAAAGAGCCACAGCAAACAGAAGACUAAGACCAUCCGCUCAACACUCAAUCCCGUCUGGAAUGAGAGCUUCACCUUCUCCGUGCGUGGUCACCAGUGGGACAGGCGUCUGUCUGUGGAGGUAUGGGACUGGGACCGGACGUCUAGGAACGAUUUCAUGGGAGCGCUGUCGUUUGGCGUGAGUGAGAUCUUCAGGCGUCCAAUCAGUGGUUGGUUCAAACUGCUGGCCCAAGAUGAGGGAGAGUACUACAACAUUCCUGUGCCAGACCCGGACCUGCAGGAGCCUCAGCCAGAUGCUACUACACCUUCUUUGCCUCAAGCGAUGCCUUCCCCACUGUCUGAACCAUUUCCCGUGGCCCUGUCCCCGACCCUCGUCCCCUCCUGUCCCCCUGGCCACACUCCGGGCCCUGGCAAAGUUAAAAUGGGCAUCCACGAUUUCAACUUCCUCAUGGUUCUUGGAAAAGGCAGCUUUGGCAAGGUGCUGCUGGCAGAGGAGCGAGGCAGCGAGCGUCUGUUUGCCAUAAAAGUGCUGAAGAAAGACGUUCUCUUCCAGGACGAGGACACGGAGAGCGCUCUAGUAGAGAGGAGGGUUCUGGCACUCCCUUCUCGUCCUCACUUCCUCACGUCCCUCUACUGCGCCUUCCAGACUGAGGACCGACUGUAUUACGUGAUGGAAUAUGUCAACGGAGGAGACCUGAUGUUUCACAUUCAGAUAGUUGGGAAGUUCAAAGAGCCUCACGCAGCGUUUUAUGCAGCAGAGAUAGCAGUCGGCCUCUUCUUCCUCCACAGCAAAGGCAUCAUCUACAGGGAUCUAAAGCUGGAUAAUGUGCUGCUCGACAGCGAGGGCCACAUAAAGAUAGCAGACUUUGGGAUGUGCAGGGAGGGCAUGUUCGAGGGCGACACCACACGUACCUUCUGCGGCACUCCUGACUACAUCGCCCCUGAGAUUGUGGCCUAUCAGCCCUAUAAUAAAGCAGUGGACUGGUGGUCUUAUGGAGUGCUGCUGUAUGAAAUGCUGGCAGGACAGCCGCCAUUUGAUGGCAUUGACGAGGAGGAGCUGUUUCAGUCCAUCAUGGAGCAGAGCGUCUCAUACCCAAAAAGUCUCUCUCGGGAGGCUGUAGCUAUCUGCAAGGGACUCCUGACAAAGCACCCGGCCAAGCGCCUGGGUGGAGGAGAAGAUGCAGAGAGGGAGAUCAGGGAGCAUCCGUUCUUCCGCUGGAUUGACUGGGACCGUCUGGAGAGACUGGAAAUCCCGCCACCUUUCAAACCCAGAACUGGUGGGAAAAAAGGUGAGAACUUUGACAAGUUCUUCACAGCUGCUCAAACGGCGCUCACCCCCUCGGACCCGGAUAUACUCGCAGCCAUGAACCAGGAAGACUUCGAAGGCUUCUCCUUCAUCAACCCAGACUUUGCUCCGUCACCGCUCACCGCUGUUUGAAAACGGCUCCCAAAUCUGCUCCAGCAGCCAUUCCAAGUCUAGCCAGAUGAUCCUGUUAUCCUUCCGAUUGUAGUUUUAUAGCAGAGAAUUUGAACUUGAGAGCUAGCAGCGAGUAUUACACCUCUCAUAACCAAAUUCAGACGUUUACAUGAAAAUGCCAAGACACCUCGAUUUUCCGGGCACUCUCUUUGAUGCAUGUCUAUUAACUCACUCGUCACAGAAUGUGUAUCAACACUGCAAACAUAGUCAGUACUAUGGACUGCCAUCUUAGACUUUUUUUUAUAAGACUUAACUUGAUCUAAAGGUACUGUAGUAUGAACAUGAGAAAAGUAAUCUCUAUGCAUGCAGAUAGUUUUUAUAGUACUAGACUAUCCACGGCAGAUACUUUACUUUCCUUUCCUUUAAGUAAAGUAGUCAUAUGUUGUGCGCACGUGUAAUUUACCAGUUAUAUUUCACCAGUCGGGGUUUCACUCAUGCAGCUACACAGACCACACAGUAUGUAAAAGCAGGACAUCUCACCAUUUUGAUGCCAAUUCCACCUUAGCAUUGCAAGUACUCAGCAUCAACAGCACUUAAAUGUGUCUUUCUGACUACCUACAGUAUCUCACUCUGGUUUUUUUUUGUGCUCUCUAUUUUGGAUAAAUGACACGUUGACUAUGAAGCAAAUUGAGCGGGUAGCCACUUUUAGGUAUUUAUUUAUUUUAUAAGAGAGGCGUCCCGUGGAAGCGUUUAGACUCCUCUGACCUGGCUCGACCUCUCGGUUUAACGUCACACCGGUGACUUCAGAUGACCCACUGAGAUGUUUAAACAAUGCAGUUAGCACAAUGUGACAGUUAGAGUGGACCACAGCUCUGCUCCACCCACCCAGGCUCACACUGUGUGGUGUGUAAUGUCACUGGAAGGGAGUCCUCACUUGACAUUCACAGUUUAUCUGCAUUAUUAUUAUUUUUUUAUUCUUGAGCACGCUAUGGAAUAUGGCCUAUCUGCAUUGCAACUACAGAUAUCCUAUUACUCCAAGUAAACAUUACAGUUUUAUCAAUAAAAGCCUCUUUUUAAUGUCUUUCCCAGACAAGAGGCUUGUUAGCUUGCGCAGGUACAUAUACUUAUGAUUUUAAUGGUGUAUGCCGUAAAGCUUUUUGCUGCGUAAUGAUGUGCUCACAGUAUUGAUUAGGAGUAAUUAAAAGUGAGGCUCACUGGGACUGUUCAAUACAUGGAAAAAUAACAGCAGUGCUGUCAUUAAGCCCUAUCUGAACAGAGCAGGUGGCUGCAAACUUACUGUGCAAAAAUCUCAUCCCCGUGCUCUUAUCUAAUGAACCAGCUGGUCAUUUCACACAUAAAUAUGGUUUAUUUCUUUGAUUCUUUUUUUCAUGUACAGUUUUGCUUUACAUCUGUUUGCCUGUUAUUUUAGAUCCGAUUGAGCUGAAGUCAGAUGUCACUGCACACAAUCCCUCAGUACGAUAAUUACAAUAGAUGAUGAUCAAUAGUGCAAUAGAUCAUUGAUAGGUCAUGUAUCUGAUAGUUUUUGUUUUUAUGUGCUGGAAAAAGAAAAAGAAAAUAAAGUUGAUGGGAAAAAAAUGAUGAAACAG